AUGAGGUCGACUUUUCUUUGUUUCCUUUUCUUGCUAUGUAGAGCUGCAAAGAGUCAGAAGGAAACAACAUUUGGAUUGGAUUUACCGGGUAAUUUUCCCAACAAAAUUUUAAAAAAUUUCAAGAUGAUUCGACGACGACCACUGAAGAAGAGUCAACCGAUGAAAGCACAACAACGGAGACGACUGAGGAGUUCUCCACCACUUCGGAGGAGACUACAACGACUACUCCAUGCUGUCCAACAGGUGGCGUGUGGUCGAAUUGGCGGCCAGCGUCCAAUUCUUCUUGUUCUGAUACCUGUGGGGGAUAUGGGACACAACAAUUGACUAGAACUUGUUUGUCUUUAUUGAUAUCUUCCUCUUGCUCCUGCGAUGGGAAUUCCACGUCUACUGGUCCUUGUAAUCUACAGCCUUGCGCUUUUGGACGCGCAUCUUGUGCUCCUGGGUUAAAAGUUGGUUUGUUGGAAGGAAGCUUCGCUUGUCUUAACGGUACCAGUAGUACCUCUACUGACAAUUCGACUCUGUCCUGCUGUCCUUCAAUUGAUUUGUUUAGUGAGUGGAGUGAAUGGAGUUACUGUUCGAGUUCCUGUGGUAAUUGUAGAAAUAGUACUCGAAGAAGGGAGUGUGUCCAGAGAACAAGAGGCUGUAGUUGUACAGAGUAAGGGCUGUUGUUUAAUUCUUUUUGUUGUUUGAAUCCACUUAUUCAAACACUUAUAUUCAGAAGUGAUGGGGUCGAGAUCGUUUCCUGCGGCACUUCCGUCUGUAAAUAUCCCACCAGAUCUUGCUGUUCAGGGAACCAAGUUCAACACUUGA